CCCUACACCUUUACAACCGCAUCUUCAUCGCCAACAUUGCAACGACAGCCCCGCCUUCAUCAAUGGCGAAACGACGUCGUUCGCAGGUUCACGACGGCACAGCUGCAGGCACGGCGGAGAUCAACUCUGUGUUCAUAGACACCAACCUCGGUACUCACAUCGCCGUAUCCGUAUGCAGCUCCGACACAGUUUCAGACUUAAAAAAGAAGGUGACUGUGGCUCAUAUGCAAUCCUUUCCGGAAAUUGGUGAUAUAGAGGUCCACUCUGUGAAGUUAGAACAGAGAUCAAACUAUUAUCAUCUUUCAGACAAUAUGCUUGUUUGGACUGCAUUUGGCGAGGUUAACAGAAAUUGGUUUCUUUCGGUCACAGCUUCCAUUGUCCCCACACAUCACUCAGUCAGAAGCUCUAUGAAUGAUAUUAAUGAUGAUUGCAACGGUUUCAUAUCUGAUAGGAACAAGAAUGCAAUUGUUCUUUUUGCAUUGCCGGCAUGUGCUGCUCAAAAUAAUGCUGUUUCGGAGACCACUGGUUCUCACAGAAGAAUUUAUGCAGAGGAACAUUGUAUGAGAACCGAGUCUCCUGUGAAGAAGAAACGUAAAGUGAGGCACACAAAAGAUGAAAGUCAUAAUUCUGGAUUCGAAGGUGGUGACAUCAUGUCUUGUCGAAAUGAUAAAGAUAUGAAGCCUAAUAUGUCCGACUCAAUUGUUAAGGUCUCAGGUCUGAAGAAUGAUGAAUAUGAUGAUGAUGGGAGGCUUCUGUAUGACAGAACUUACCUACCCAACAUAGCAGAAAAAGGUAAUUUUGGAAGCAUUUUGGACUACCAGAACCUAAAUGGUACCGUUAGACCGAAAGAGGACAAUAGGUUUGAGAGUGUGGUAAAUGGACUGGAAAAUGAGGUUGUUUCCGUUUUUGUACAAGGUUCUUCAGCUGGAAUGAGGGAUGCCGCUUGUGAAGGUGGAGAUGUCAACACUUUGGGGAAAAAAAAGAAAAGGAAAUUUGAGAAAACAGCAGAAAACAAUCAUGAUAGAACAUAUAUGGAGCAGUUUGGAAAAGGUGAAAGGACCGAGCCUUCUACUCUUAAAAUGGAAGAAGGAAUGGGUUUGUCAUUAGAGAAUGGUCAUGAAGUUUUAAUGCCAUCAAACAGCAAAGCUUCAGACCAUGUUAUUCCAGAUUUUUCACCGAAGGAAGAUAUCCUUUUGCAGAGUGCAGAAAAGAGUACUAUUAUUGAUCAGAACUCCCAUAAACGUUUAGAUUCUGAUGAGAAAAAAGAAGACAAUGUAUUAGAGAGUAAAAUAGAUUAUGAAGGCAAGGGUGUUCCAUCAGUGCAUUCAGGAGGUGUUCGUACUAACAUUUCAGAUCCUUAUGCUACAAUAAUGGAUGCUGGUGUCGGAACAGGGGAGGUGAAAUCUGAUGGGAAGAAAAGAAAGAAAAAGAAAGUUCACAAAACUGCAGAAUUCCAACAUACGAGUGAUGUGGCACAUGCUGAAAUUGGUGAAAUGAAUAAGCCUCUUACAGCAACUACUAGGUUGGAAGAAAAGGGUGCAUCUUUAGAGCUUGAUAAUGAAGUUAUAAUGCCUGCGGAUAGCAAAGCUCCUGACCAUGUUGGUCCAGAUUUAGCAUUGAAAGAGGCCAUUAUUGUGCGGGAUGCUGAUGCUGUAAUGGAACCUGAAAUCUCCAGUCGCGUCAAGAAGAUGAAGAAAAAAAAGAGAGCAAAGAAUUCUGUCAGCACAAAUAUGGAGAAUUCAGACAUUAAAGAUAUUCACAAUGGUACCAGAUGUUCUUUGGACUUGUCUUCUCCAGCAGGGGAUCAUGUCACCAAGGGAAUUGGAAAGGAUGAAAGCACCAUGCUCAAUGAUGGAAUGGAUGUCGAGAUGAGACCGUUGGAUGCGAUAGUCCAGCAUACAAUUGAUGUGGCACAUACUGAAAUUGGUGAAGUGAAGAAGCCUCAUACAGAAACUACUAGGUUGGAAGAAAAGGGUGCAUCUUUGGAGCUUGAUAAUGAAAGUAUAAUGGCUGCUGAUAGCAAAGCUCCUGACCAUGUUGGUCCAGAUCUAGCGUUGAAAGAGACCAGUAUUGUGGGGAAUGCAGAUGCUGUAAUGGAAGCUGAAAUAUCCAGCUGCGUUAAGAAGAUGAAGAAAAGGAGAAAAACAAAGAAUUCUGUAAGCACUAUAGAGAAUUCAGGCAUCACAGAUAUUCACAAUGGUCCCAGAAGUUCUUUAGACCUGUCUUCUCCAUCAGGGGAUCAUAUCACCGCCGGAACCGGAAAGGAUGAAAGCACCAGACUCAAUGAAGGAGUGGAUGUCGAGAUGACACUGUUGGAUGCUUCUAACAAAGAUGCUCAGGAGAAAGUAUGGGAUGUAAAUAGAAAAGAAGAAGAGCGAACUGUGGAAGAUUUGAGCGAUAGAAAUAAAAUGAUGAUGGAAAAGACCAAAAGUUUUCCAGAUGUUUACCAUGCAGCUUUGCACACUGCUGAAACAGAAAAUACCAUCUUGAAGCCCAAUCAAGCGAACCAGGAUGGCGAGAUUACUGAGAAUAAAUCUAGAAAAACUACAAAGAAAGGAAGGAAGCAAAAGCACACUGCAACAGAUGUCCAAGAAAAUUUGCAAGUUGAGGAUGAACAGGUUGGUGUUGAACCUUUAGCAACAAAAGAAACUUCAUUUGGUUUUGCAAAUUCUGAACUAGCUAGCAGAGAUGUAGAGUCGUCCCAAGUUUUGUCUCGUAAGAGUGAAGAAAAGGUAGAUGAGAAUUACGAGCUUGUCCUAAACACUGAUGGUCUCAAAGAAAAUACUGAAAAGGGCAGUGAAGGAAUCAACUUCAAGCAGUACUUUGUGGCUGACCAACUCCAGAAUCAAGUCGAUAUCAGUAACAAGGUAAGAAAGGCAAACAAGUUGAAGAGUUCAAAAGCUAAAGAAAAUGAACUGAUGAAAACUUCUAGUCCUUCUGAGUUGUGUGAGAUGCCUCGUCAGAAACCCAAUGACUUUGUUGCUCCCUCAUCCUCCCAUAAGAAGAACCCAUCUUUGGAUAAAUCAAGCUCGAAAAGGUCCGUGACAUUGCACAACAAUAAGGGAAAUGAAAGGAUGCUGUUGCGUUCACAUGUUAAAAAAACGAUGCCUAUGAAAACUCCGAAGAAAAAGAUUUUGUUGGCAAAGUCAGGAACAAUUUUUCAUAAUGAUAGUGGUGAAAGUUAUGGGGAUGAAAAUGGAACCUUGUUUUCAGAUGAUCGCACCCUCACUUCAUCAGAUAGUUCAUCCAUGUCAGGUGAUGACUCGGAAGGGGAAAGUGAAGUGAGCCAGAUUUCAACUCGCAAAGGAUCCAGUGCUGCAAAAGGAAAAACUUUGGAUAUGUUAGAAGAGGAGAAUGUGACGAUGGAUGUGAUCCUAAGAAGCUCGAAGCGGUUCAAGAAGGCGAAGGAGAUCGCCACCCAGAUCGAAGAAUCCCAGCCCAUCGAUUUUGUUCCUGAUAGUCAGCCCGUUUAACCUUGUCGCCGGCCGGAAUCGAUGUAAGAAAAUAUUUUCACUACUGAAGAUGCCGUAUACUUUAUUCAUACCUGGGAAGGAUUACCUUCGCAAUUUUGGGUUUUUUAGCGAGGGAGAUGUCCCUUUUUUGGUUGUCUUUACCAAGUAUUGUGUCACAAUUGAUAUCGUUUUAGUUUUCUUUUUUGUUGUAUUGAAUUCAGAAGUUGAAUGGCGAUAACCAAGUUUCAAAUUGCCAUAUAAAAAUUGGUGACGUGGAUGGAUAA